CUGCGCGGUCGCGGCGCGGUGAGGUCUGCGGGCGCUGGCAAAUCGGGCCCGGGAUGUAGAGCUGGCGGUGCCUGACGGCGCGUCUGACGCGGAGCUGGGUGGGGUAGAGAGUAGGGGGCGGUAGUCGGGGGUGGUGGGAGAAGGAGGAGGAGGCGGCGGCGAAUCACUUAUAAAUGGCCGCCGAACAGGACCGAAGCCCAAAUUCAGGAGGGUGAGCGAGUGCUGUGCUUUCAUGGGCCUCUUCUCUAUGAAGCAAAGUGUGUAAAGGUUGCCAUAAAGGACAAACAAGUGAAAUACUUUAUACAUUACAGUGGUUGGAAUAAAAAUUGGGACGAAUGGGUUCCAGAAAGCAGAGUACUCAAGUAUGUGGACACCAAUCUGCAGAAACAGCGAGAACUUCAAAAAGCCAAUCAGGAGCAGUAUGCAGAGGGGAAGAUGAGAGGCGCUGCCCCAGGGAAGAAGACCGCCGGCCUGCAGCAGAAAAGUGUUGAAGUGAAAACCAAAAAGAACAAGCAGAAAACACCUGGAAAUGGAGAUGGUGGCAGUACCAGCGAGACACCUCAGCCUCCUCGCAAGAAAAGGGCCCGAGUGGAUCCUACCGUUGAGAAUGAGGAAACAUUCAUGAACAGAGUUGAAGUGAAAGUAAAGAUUCCUGAAGAAUUGAAACCGUGGCUUGUUGAUGAUUGGGACUUAAUUACCCGGCAAAAACAGCUGUUUUAUCUUCCUGCCAAGAAGAACGUGGAUUCCAUUCUAGAGGAUUAUGCAAAUUACAAGAAAUCUCGAGGAAACACAGAUAAUAAGGAGUACGCUGUGAAUGAGGUGGUGGCCGGCAUAAAGGAGUACUUCAAUGUGAUGCUGGGGACUCAGCUGCUCUACAAAUUUGAGAGGCCGCAGUACGCGGAGAUUCUCGCAGACCACCCAGACGCGCCCAUGUCCCAGGUGUACGGGGCGCCACAUCUACUGAGAUUGUUUGUACGAAUUGGAGCCAUGUUGGCCUAUACUCCUCUGGACGAGAAGAGUCUUGCAUUGUUGCUGAAUUAUCUUCAUGAUUUCCUAAAAUACCUGGCAAAGAAUUCUGCAACCUUGUUUAGUGCCAGCGAUUAUGAAGUCGCCCCGCCUGAGUACCAUCGGAAAGCUGUGUGAGGCGAGGCGCUGACGCUGUUUGGAUUUCUGUAAACACAGUUUUGUUUAGUCCUCCUCUUGUACAAAUGAUGUACUUUGCAAAUGUUAGUGUAUAACAGAAUUGAUGUUUGUUUUCUGUUUGAUCUUAAACAGAGAAAAUAAAAGGGGUUAUAGCUCCUUUUUUCUUUUCUUUUUUUUUCAUUUCAAAGUCGCUACCAGUGUAUUCAGUGAUGGACGACGAGAGACAUACUGUAGAGUGUUUUAUUGCCUAGUCGACAAAGCUGCUUUUGAAUGCUGGUGGUUCUAUCCCUUUGACACUCCGCACUUUUAUAAUAUGUGUUAAUGCUGUAUGACAAACUGCUCUGAUUCCUAGUGCCAAAGGUUCGAUUCAGUGUAUAUACCUGAACACGCUCAUCCGUCUGUGCUCCUUUUUUUAUGGUGCUUAAAGUAAAGAGCCCAUCCUACAGGCCGUCCAUGCUGUUCCUUAGGCAUCGUCCCUUUGCUCCGAUUGUUGAAGAAUGGUGGCUUGUUUCAUGGUUUUGUAUUUGUGUCUAAUGCACGUGUUAACAUGAUAGACGCAAUGCGUUGUGUAGCUACAGUUUUCUGGAAAAGCCAAUCUUUUAGGAAUUGUUUUUCAGAUCUUCAAUAAAUUUUUUCUUUAAAUUUCAAA